GACCGCUCCUCUAGGCGGCGGUGUCGGCGGGCGGUAGGCGCGUGGGUCGGAAGCGGCGGCGAAGAGAGGGAGGGAGAGAAGGAGGGAGGAGUGAGCGAGGGAAAGGCGCGAGCAAGCAAAAUGGCGGCGGCCGCGCAGCUCACAGACGAGGAGCUCUUCUCGGAGCUGCGCCGCCUGGGCUUCUCUCCGGGGCCGGUGACGGAGAGCACGCGGCCGGUGUACCUGAAGAAGCUGAAGAAGCUGCGGGAGGAGGAGCGGGCCUCCAAGCCCCGCAACAGCAGCGGCGGAGGAGGCGGGUUGGGCGGCAGGCUGCUGGCCGGGGCCGAGCUCUCCCCUUUUCCCGGCUUGCUGGGCUUCAGCUCGGACGAGUCGGACGCGGAGGCCGGGCCCAGGAGCCCCGUCGGAGGCAGCAGCAGGCGGGACCGCGCCUCAGCCGCGCGCCGGGAGCCGAGGCCUGCUGCUGCGGCUGAAGCAGCGGCGUCUCCUCUUCCUCCUCCUUCUCCUCCUUCAGCCUGCCUCCCGCAUAUCAGUAAUCUGGCUGAGGCGCCGGCGCGACGAAGGCCUCAUGCUUGGUGGAGGGCCUCGGCGGGGCCUUGGGAAGCGCCUCAGCAACACCACGGCGGUGAGGAGGAGGAGGAGGAGGAAGAAGAAGAAGCUGAGGAAGAUCCGCCUCGAGAGCGGUGCAAAGCCAGAGCGGUGAACGGCAACCGGUUCCUGUCCCAUAGCAGGAGGGAGAAAUAUUCGGACUCUGAGGAGGAGGAGGAGGAAGAAGAAGAGGAGGACGAGGAAGAGACCCGCCACUACUUGGCCAGAAAGAGCCUCCCUAAAGGGAGUCCCUUUUCCAGCCAUCCUUGUGCUGGUGCUGGAGAUGGAGAUGGCUCUACAGAGAGCAGGGCAGCCAGGGGUCAAGAGGAAGGCGGCCUGCCCAGGGAUGGCGGCUCCCUCCCCCGGCUCCGCCACGGCGCCUCCAAGAAAGGCCUCUUCCUCCCGCCCUUGGACUUGAAGCCCGCCAACAACCACGUCCUUGGGGCCGACAGCAAGUUCAGCCCUGAAUCCAGGAUCUACACUACCGCCACCAACAGCGUCUCUCCUGGUUCUGUCAGAAUGAAUCACUCCAACCACACGGGUCCCAACCACGCAUACCUGAAAAAUAUCUACAAGCAGAAGCUUUCCGAGCCUGAAGAAGACCUGCUUCAGCAAUUCAAGAGGGAAGAGAUAUCCACUACUGGAGGGUUCAGUGCUCACUACCUGUCUAUGUGCCUCUUGACUGCAGCCUGUUUGUUUUUCCUGGUGCUGGGACUCACCUACCUAAGGAUGAGGGGGUCUGGAGUGGCUGUGGAUGGGGGAGUUGACAGCAAAAAUCUGUCCAUUGGGAACCUUGAUGUAAAUGCAAAUGAAACCAUUCUCAUGAAUAGCUUGUAUAUACUUCAUGAUAAGCUGGCACAGAUAGCAGGGGAUCAUGAAUGUGGAAACUCUGUCAAGAAAGGACUCUCUAUUCAGGAGGCUGCUGCAUAUUUAAAAAGCUUAGGUGCAGACUAUGAAAAUGUCUUUAACAAAUCCUUAGAAUGGAUUCUAAAUAGCGGAGAGGAUGUUGGCAUAAAGUGUAUUGGCCACAGCUCAGAUGAGGAACCUAUAACCAAUUCAACUGAUGUAAAAUACUUAAUAUCAACUAGACCACAGAUGUCUUUUACAUGUCGUUUUCGUCGUGCAUUUAUUACUGCGUUGUGCAGAUCAUUAAUCCUAGUUUUAGGUAUAGGAAUGAUUUGGGGAGUAUUCAGGUAUAUGAAGUAUCGGUGGUCUAAAGAGGAAGAGGAGACCAGACAGAUGUAUGAUAUGGUUGUAAAAAUUAUAGAUGUUUUAAGAACCCACAGUGAAGCAUGCCAGGAAAACAAAGACUUGCAACCCUACAUGCCUAUUCCCCAUGUUCGAGAUUCUUUGAUUCCACCACAAGACAGGAAAAAAAUGAAGAAAGUAUGGACUAGAGCUGUGGAUUUCCUUGCUGCUAAUGAAUCUAGAGUUCGCACAGAAACACGGAGAAUAGGUGGUGCUGACUUUCUGGUUUGGAGAUGGAUACAGCCAUCUGCAUCAUGUGACAAAAUGUUGGUCAUACCAUCUAAAGUAUGGCAAGGACAAGCAUUUCACCUAGACAGAAGAAAUUCACCACCGAAUAGUUUGACGCCUUGCUUAAAGAUACGCAAUAUGUUUGAUCCGGUCAUGGAAAUAGGAGAUCAUUGGCACUUGGCAAUUCAAGAAGCAAUCUUGGAAAAAUGUAGUGAUAAUGAGGGAAUUGUUCACAUAGCCGUGGACAAAAAUUCACGAGAGGGCUGUGUGUAUGUCAAGUGCUUGUCUCCAGAAUAUGCCGGAAAGGCUUUUAAAGCAUUACACGGAUCUUGGUUUGAUGGCAAACUGGUAACGGUAAAAUAUCUACGACUAGAUCGAUAUCAUCAUCGUUUUCCUCAGGCUGUUAAUUGCAGUGUUCCAUUGAAACCAUCAAAUACACACAUGAACUCAAUGUCGCAUCUUCGUCUGCGGACAGGCACAGCUAAUUCUCAGGGAAACUCCUGAGACAUUUUAUUGAUAUUAGAACUGUUGACUUACAGCGGGAACAUUUCCUGUCUGGCCCUGUCUUCCACUUUUAGUACUUUUAUAUGUAACAUUUUCAUUAAAACGAUGUUCAAGGAAGUCAUUUUUUAAAAAAAUGAGCAAUGAGGCAGUAGUGCUGAGUUACAAGAACAAUUCCUCCGUAAAGUAUUUUGGAGCUUAUACAAACCAACACAUUAUGUUUUGCAUGACAAAUGUUGAAUUUAUUGAACAUUUUCAGAUGUGGCUGUAUUUUUGCACCAAACAAGUGUUUGAUAACAGUCUAAAAGCAUGGAGAUGUACUGUAUUUCCGUAGUUUCCUGUGAAAUAAUCUUGUGGGUAUUUUGUAACAAAACCACCUACAGUUUCUGAUGGAAAGUAAGUAGAAGUGUUAGUUUCUGUCUGGUUUUGGGUUUCUGUUGCUUCAUUUGUGUCGGCCGAGGGAUGGGGAAGAGAGGUGGUCUUAGUGGCAGGAGAGGGAAAACCAACUGAAUGCAGAUGUACCUGUUUUGUAUAUACAUUUAGAUGGUGGUGGUGGCAUCAGCAAAGGUAAUCUUGUUUUGUGAGGAUAUCUGCAUUAAAGCAGUGAAUAAGCUUCCUUAUUUUAUUCAUAACCUAAUGUUUUAUAUAUUUUGGCUGUACCAUUACAAGGCCAAACACCUUGAAGUAUUAGAUUACAAGUUAAAUAUCUUUUAUAGGUUUUAUAUUAAAGUAUAUGGUUAUGAUUUUUGUGUGAAUGGUCUGUAACUGUGAUAAUGGAUUCGGAAUUAUGUGAGCAAUAAAGAAGCAGUUGGCAGGUACUCAAAAACUUCGUGAAAAGUUAUUUAUUACAAAAACAAGGCAUUGGCUAUGUACCACUUUCCUGUAUGAUUCCUUAAACGUGUAAAACUGAAAAAGUGCACAUAUUUUGGAAACAAAUCUUGAUUGUUAGAGCUUAGAGAUGCAGUAAAAUUACUGAAGAGUUGUGUGUGAUAUUAAAUGUGUGCAUUGUUUACACCUAAAACUGCAAAAUUGUUGAAGUUUAGCUGAAAAUACAGAAUAAUUAGAUAUAACCAUUCCUGCUGAAGCAGCAUAAUUUGUCGAUCCAGCUGGGUCUUGAAUAGGUGAAGAGAUGGGAAAUCAACCCGUUUAAAAUAAACUUAAAACCCAUUUUUAUAGUAAUGAUCUGCAGCAUGAACUUGCACAAAUAAUGCACGUUUCUUAUGGUUAAGUGAACAUGAUGCACACUUCUGUAAUGAAAAAUCCUAUUGUGCCUUACCUUUGUGCUUUUUUUGUGGGCAACAUGUUUAAUAAUUGACAUUUUCUUAUCUGAAAAAAAAACCCUUAGUCAGUUUUAUGUCCUGGAUGCUAACAAACAAGUAUGUGUAAUAUAAUCAACCAUGCAAAACUCUACUCACCAAGAACAAGUACAUAUUUUUGAAAAGUGAGUAGACUGUUGCAUCUGGUAAAUUUUCCAUAAGAUUUACUACAUACAUAUACAAAUAUGUACAAUAUACAUGUAUAUGUAUUUAUAUGUAUAUAAUCAGAUUUUGCUGUAUUUGUGCAUCAUAGUGAUUUAUUGAUCUAAUCUUAGUACCCAUCUUGUGACCUGUUUGCAAGCGUGAAUGUAAAAUUUAGUUGUGGCAGUUUAAAAGGUUGCCUUUUGAUGCAGAUGCAUCUUUCUUGCUUCUAAACUGUUUGUAAACACUGUACAUUUAUUAUGGUAAUCUGUACUAUUAUGCAGCUUAUUUUACCUUUAAAAUGUUGACCAAUAUUCCUCCCUGCAAGACAGAUGGGAAUGUGUAUAAUACCUUGGCCAUUUGAGAAAACAGAUGUUUGUAAUUUGUCCUGUAAAAAACACAAAAGCGAAACAAAACUAAUUAAAGAUUUAUUAGGGCUUUUUAUAUAUGUGUCAGUUUUUUAAAAUCUGUGAGAAUCUGGACAACACUGCUUUGGCAUCCAUCUUUUGGGGUGAUGGCAGGGUGGCGUUGAAAAGCACACAAAAUCACAAUAGGUCACAUCCCAAAACAUCCUCCAUGCCCUCAGCAUAAUUUAUGGGCAUCUUUUGCUUCUUGUCACUCUACAGCUCUAAAAAGUAGAUGGAUAUUAUCUGGAAGAGCCUUCAGUUCACUUUGCAAGUAAUACCUGCCAACAGAAGUGCUUCUUUAAUUUUGCAGAAAGAAGAUUUGCAGUAUUUUAGUCAUGCCAAUACGAAAUUCCCUUAAAUGUUCCUUUUGUGACACAGUUCUUGUAAAGUGAAAAAGAUAACUUUGAAAUAUCCUUCAUUUCCUCCUCCAUUUAUUUUAGAAGGAAUGAAUGUAAGUGUUAAUGAUUCCUUUUACAACUCUGCUGCCAUCCAAAGCUACCUACUUCAUAAUGUCUCAUAUCUACAUUUGUAUCUAAUUCAUUGUAUGUAAAUUGGUAUUUGGGAAAAAAUUGAUGUGUUCUGAUUUACUUCUUUGGUUUAGUUGGUUCUUACUCUGUAAACAGCUUUUUAUUUAAGAGCACGAGCAGAUAAUUCUGUUUGUUCUUGUGAAGCUCUCAUAUCAAGAGGCAAUUUGAAAAUGUCACCAUGCUUUAAGGUACAUCAGUUGUUACAAAUCAAUGGUUUUUCCUUGUCAUUAUAUCAGCCUGUUUUUAUGUGGGCCUUAACGAUCAAUCUGUUUCAGCAAUUGUUGAUAGGAGACGAUCUUUAAAGUGCUACAUGAAUAAAAUAUUUUAUUUUCUUUAA